GUCUAGACAGAUGUUCCAUGAAUCUUCAAGAGCCCCUUACCACUUCCAUCUGGCCGGGACCUAGCCUUGGUACUUGCAUUACGCUGCCACUCGGCUCCCCGCUUCCCCGCUUCCCCAAGCUCAGGUCCCACCCAUCCGCUUUGUUCUCCCCUUCCCUAACAAUUUACACCACGUCGCGCCGUCUCGUCCCUUCCCUCCUCUGUGCUUCUUCUUCUGUCUCCGUCUCAACCUCCAUUUUCGUGCAGCCUCGCCCCUUCCCUCCUCUGUGCUUCUUCUUCCGUCUCCGUCUCAACCUCCAUUUUCGUGCAGCCUCCUUCCCUCCUCUGUGCUUCUUCUUCCGUCUCCGUCUCAACCUCCAUUUUCGUGCAGCCUCUCUCAAUUACAGCCGUGCCACAUUCGCUUUAGGCGCCUGAAAUACAUCUUCCGACUUUCUGAGAAAGGACUCCUAACCCCACCGUGAUUGGGAAGUGACCGAGGCAAUGGCUGACAUGGCCUUCGACGGCACCUCUGCCAUUCGGCCUGUUUCGCCGCCGCAGAUGCAGCAACAUCUGGAGCAACAAGCACAACAACCACAACAAGCACAACAGCAGCAAGAACCGCAACAACUACCGCUCCCACGGCCUCAUGGUCCACCCUCUCCACCGGAACCAGCCCCGACCCGGAAAACGGGUAAACAAGGUGCCCCUCGUCACAGAGCCUCUACUGCGUGCGUCUCGUGUAGGGACCGACGAAUACGAUGUGUUGUACUAGAAGGGGAGCGGGGGUGCACCCAGUGCCAGCGGAACAGCAACGAGUGCAUUAUAAAGUUCGACGAUGAGAGAAGGAGACCUGUGUCAAAAGCGUACACAACGUCUUUGACAGAGCGCAUUGCUCUUUUGGAAGGUAUGCUGAAGGAAUACGGCGCAGAACCUCCUGCGGCAGACCAUCCACCAAUUACGAAGGCCGAAGCCGCGCGUGGCCAACAAAGUUCUCCUGAAGCCAGCUCUCGUAAAAGCUCGAGACCAACCGCCGCGAUACCUCAAAGCCAGACUCGGGGCAACGUUCGAAGUAUGAGCCAAAAUCGCACAACACCAAAGAGCCUUACCGAUGAAGAUGGUGAGGUCGGCGGCAACAGUCCGAAAUUUGAUGUUAUUGAGGGGAAUUCACCCAAGCGAAUUCAGGAUCCGAGGAGGGAGAGUCUAGUGGAUAUGCUCGUCUCAACUCGUGGCCAUAUGAGCUUCGACCAGCUUAGUGGAUGUCUGCGAUUCUUCGGUCCGACCACAAAUUACCACAUAUAUGCAGCGCAUGAGUAUGCUUUCAUGGGCGUGGAGCCACCAGAACAAGCUCGUCGUACAGAGAGGAUCAUUCGAUCCCUCCCAAUGGAGACUCAUGACUACCUUAUGGGAUUGUUCUGGGAAUAUUACAAUACCGUUCUUCAUAUUGUGCACAAGGAAGCAUUCACUGAGGACAGAGAAAACUCGGGAACGAAAUAUUACUCGGGGUUUCUACACAUAUGCAUACUUGCUAUAGGAUAUAGGUAUGCAGAUACCGAGAGAGAAGAUAUUAAGAAGAUUACCGUCGGGCAGCGAGAAUCUUUCCUACACCGAGAAGCAAAGUAUAUGCUAGAUAUCGAGCUGGAGCGACCAGGAGGCCUCACGUCUGUUCAAGCGUUCCUGCUCUUAGGAGACUUAGAAUGCGGAGUUGGAAGAGACAACACGGGGUGGAUGUUUGCUGGUAUGGCAAACAGGCUCUGUUUUGACAUUGGAUUACACCUUGAUUGUGGGAACGAAGAUCUUCCGGAGAAAGAGAUACAAAUUCGUAAUAUGACACUUUUCGCCUGUGUUAUCUAUGACAAAUAUUGGGCACUAUUCCUCGGGCGGCCGACUGGUAUAAAAAGCUCAGAUCUGGAAAUGUAUCGCCUGGCCAACCAAUUUUCGAGUCUUGGUAGGUGCAAACCUGCAGGACCGACGAAAUCCCUAGAAACACAAAUCUACGAACAACUCUUAGAGUUGAUGGAAAUAUCUAGCAAAAUCAUCGAAAUUGAAGACCCACGGGUCACUACAACGCAAGCAGUGAACGAUAAUGCGUACCUGCAAGUCAUGAAUCUCGAUAGACAACUCCAAACUUGGUAUCGACGGCUGCCAGAGAAACUCGCCUGGAAGCCUGCAAACAUUCAAACAAACCCGUUCUCAUUUUUCCUCUUACAUCAGCAAUACCAUUGCAGUCUUAUCCUCCUUCAUCGGCCAUGGGCUAAGUACGAAGAUCAAAUCGACAGUGAUAAGCGCGAAGACGAUUUCUCAAAAGUCGACAAUGAUUACUUCUACAUGUCCCGGUCUACCUGUACUCGUCAAGCCGUUCGUGUGGCUCAAGUUUUCUGGCACCACCGCCAAUCUCUUGACAUCCGAAAGUGCUUUGUCACUGGCCUCCAGCAUGCUGGCACUGCCGCAACUGCUCUUGUUGCCGCUAUAGCUGUAAUGACAGAUGUCGAUGAGCGCAAGAAGAACAUGAAAUACCUCGAAUGCCUGGCAACGGCACUCCACGAUAUGGGCCCGACAUAUUAUCCAGCCGAUUCAAUGUCUAAUAUCCUUCAGGCUGUGAUGGUAGAGCUGAGUGAGUCGCGGGAGAUUGGGUCUCCAAUGGAAUCGACUCUCAAAUUAGGUGGUUCCCAGCGCCAUGAGAGCCCAAGUCAGCAAGAAAAUAGCGAACAGCGUGACUUCAAGAGGCGAGCUUCCUCAAAGUCAAUGACACGACCAGAGAUCUCCGAGUUCUCUCGCCCAAUUCCUACUCAAGCGCCACCGUCUUUCAACCAACAAGCAAACAACAACAAUGCUAUUGAAAAUCAUAACCGAGGCAACUCCUAUAAUAUGAUCACGCCGCAAAGCGAUGGUAGUGUGCCGAGGCCAUUGUCAAUUGAUGGCCAAAUACAGAAUCGAGAAAGUAUGACGCAGCAAAUGGAGUACCCAUUUGGCGUUUUUGGAAUCGACCUUGACAGUAUGCAUGAUGGUAGUAUGUGGGAUGGAGCAUCGGGUCCACUGGCGUUAUUUCAGGAAGACUUGACGGGUUUAGGCGAUGAACAAUGGAGUGGGGAUAGGAACAAUCAAGAGUUGGAUUUCUUGGCACUUUGACUUUGCUUUGAGAAAGGGGGGUUUUGGCGGCGAAUGUUAGUAAGGCGUUAUGAAGCAAUAUAACUAGAUUAGACCUUGAAGGGGAGUAACGUUGGUUGUAGCGUAUUGAACAUAGUGGCUUAAUGAAUGCCACUAUGUCUAUUACGCCACGACUUACGUUAAGUUAUGAUAGAUAAAUAAAUAAAU